CCUCGAUUGCAGCUCGACCGAGGCACGGGUGGCGCGGUGAUUCCGGAAGGAACUGGCGGACCGCAAAUUUCCCGUCGGCCGGGUAUUUGUUCGUGGUAUUUUCGUGCAGUCGGAUCGCUCUCAACGAACAGCACAGAUUCAUCUGGACCGCACUGCACUGUGGUUUGUUGCACAAACAACUAACGGUAUGCUACAUGAGGUAUGGCUAGUGCUCACAGUGGCUGCUGCUACAGCGGUAGCCGUUGUGCCCUCACCUCCUACCAUGAUCAAGCAGCCCAAACAUGAACAGCUUUACCAAGUAUCCCAGUCCCAGGAUGAACCAGGGAAUCCUUUUGUUCUGGAGUGUGAGGCCCAGGGCAACCCUGAGCCUACGUAUGAGUGGACUAAAAACAACAAGGAGUUUGACUACGCGUCGUACGACAACCGUAUCACUGAACAGCCUCACCGAGGCACGCUGGUUUUCACCAAACCAGAUGACGUCGACGAGGGUCUCUACCAGUGUCGAGCUACAAAUGUGUACGGCACCUCGGUCUCUAAUGCAGUCUUCCUUCGAAAGUCCGAGCUCAACUCAUUUGCUGAUGAGAGCACCAAGGUGGUUUACGUGAUGGAAGGAGAUCCACUGUCCUUGGACUGCAACCCUCCGACUGGUUACCCACGCCCCAGCAUCUCCUGGCUAAUUCAGUACAGUAGCGGGGCCUUGCGCAAUAUCAACUCCUCACGCAUCACUGCAGACCCAGAGGGAGGCCUUCAUUUCUCACGUGUGGAGAUGAGCGACGCUCUUGAAGAUGCUGUGUACACAUGCAGCGCUAUGUCGGUGUUUAGGAGGGAGUACAAGAUCGGCAACAAGAAGCUGUUGCGAGUGGAACCUGCAUCAAGUGGGGGCCCUGCCAACCAUCCCCCCGUGCAACAGUAUGUCUCCCCUCCCAACAUUGUGGCACUCCGUGGACAGGUACUGCGCCUCUACUGCAUCUUUGGUGGAACGCCUCUACCUCAUAUCAGAUGGAGCAAACGUGGCGGUAGCAGCAGCAGCAAGCGCUUUAACUACAUUGAUUAUGGCAAGACCCUGGAGAUUCGGAAUGUGGGCUUCGAGGACGAGGGCACCUACGAGUGUGUGGUCAGCAAUGGCAUCGGUAUCUUAAAGUCCCAUGCCAUGAGUGUUAUAGUGGAGUCGGCUCCAUUCUGGCGCAAUGUAUCUGAAAAUUUGAAUGCUUCUGAAGAAGAGACUGUCAGUUUCGAGUGUGUGGCUGGUGGUAUUCCAGAGCCAGAACUGCAGUGGUUUGUCAAUGGAGUCCCCAUAGAAAAAGCCGAACAAAACCCACGGCGUAAAGUGGAAGGGACAGUGCUCACUAUAGACAAGAUCACCAAGGAGGACACAGCUGUGUACCAGUGCAACGCAUCCAACCCACAUGGUUAUGCAUUCCGCGACUUCUAUCUCAAUGUUCUGGCUUUGCCUCCUUCCAUCACGGAGGACCCUGAACAGAUGACAUUGGCUGUGGUGACGUCGAGACCCACAUUGCGCUGCAGGGUGUUUGGUGCCCCGAAACCCCAAGUCAAGUGUAUGAAGGACAACUCUGAACUGUCAGGAGGCCGCUAUAAAGUGUUUGACACUGAAGACCCGCAGACCGACAACCUCCUGGUAACAGAUCAGGGAGAAUACACCUGCUAUGCCAUCAACAAAUUUGGGGAUGCGUCAGCGUCAGGUGCUCUUGAAGUGAAAGGAAAGACACGCAUCACCCUAUCUCCCGAAAACCAUGAGGUCGCAGCUGGCAAAAGUUCGACAUUCCGCUGUGGAGCAGAGGCUGACCCUAGCCUGGAACUCAAGAUAACUUGGCUCUUUAAUGGGGAACCUAUUGACCCGGAGUUAGAUGCACGAAUGCAGGUCAGCAAUAACUCUCUUACAAUUACACGCACCAUGGAGUUGGAUUCUGGGACAUAUACUUGCCUGGCACAAACGGAGCUGGAUGAAGACCGAGCCAGUGCCACGCUGAUUGUGCAAGAUGUCCCAAAUGCACCAAAGGUUGUGGAUGUCCAGUGCGAGUCAUUCACUGCCCUUGUGGAAUGGUGGCCAACUGGAGAUCGUCGUGCCCCCAUCCUCUCUUAUUCCAUACAGUACAACACUUCCUUUACACCCGACAUUUGGGAGGAUGCCUUUGCCAACAUUCCUGCUCCAGACACUAAGUUCAAGGUGUCUAUGAGUCCAUGGGCCAACUAUACAUUCCGCGUUGUGGCACGCAACAAGAUUGGACCCUCACCACCGUCCCCACCCUUUGGCUACUGCAAGACACCCGAGGAUGUGCCCCACAAGAACCCUGAUCGAGUGAGCGGACGGGGAGAUCGGUCGGACAACCUUGUUAUAAGCUGGGAACCGAUGUCGCCCAUCGAACACAACGCACCUGGUUUCUUCUAUAAGGUAUUGUGGAAACGGGACGAUCUGCCCGAUGCUUCCUGGAACUCCCGUAUCAUUGAAGACUGGCGUCAGCACUCACACGUGGUUUACGAUCAGCCACCUUGCAAACCUUACCGUAUCAAAGUGGAAGCUCAUAAUCACCGAGGCCAGGCACAUACUGCAGCGUCCGAGGUGCUUGGUCACUCUGGGGAAGACGAAGAAGGGUGCCAGUAAUUUAGUGCUGCAUUACAAAUGUAGAGUAUGUCUCGAAAAUUACUUCCUUUUACAUUAAAUUCUGGCAUUGUCCUCCUUCAUGAUGAAUGCACAGAGGAGUAUGUUGUACCAUGGUCCUCGCUGUUUGUUGGACCAUUGUGUUAGACCUUCAGAUAACGGUACAGAAAAAAAAUCUGGCAAAGUCAAACCCAGUGAUUCCAAUAAACGCAAAUUCUUGGAAAUCAUCCGGCUGCACAAAAACUUGACUCGUGGACCCAUUUUAUGUAUGUCAAUUGGCACACUGUCCUGUGGAGAGCACCUUUCAUGCAGGUCAGUAUCAUUCAGUUCCUCAAUGAACUCCGUCAAUAAAAAUAUGCUUUGAUAAUUC